AUGUAUAAGCUAUUGGUAGCUAAUAAGGAUCAGAUAGUUGAUAUAUUUCAAGAAUUUGUUAUAUCAGAUGAAGAUAGACCAUGGAGAUUAGCAUCAUUAAAUCAUAAUUAUUCAAAUAUUGCUGAAGAAGAUUGGUGUAGUGCAGAAGAAAAUACAAAUGUUGUUGAGUUAGCAUAUGCUGAUGCUAAUCGAGAAAAAAUUCAAAUGAGUUUAUUGCUUGCAAUUAGAAAUAUAUAUUGUUAA